AUGUCUUCGUACUAUCACUCCUACGCCCACCAGCAGCCUACAGCCGCCGCUGCUCCUGCAGUAUCCCACGCUCACCAUGGUGGGCGUAACAGGAGAGCUCCCAGGCUGUCUGUUUCCCAGAACACGCAUAAGCAGUUCCGUGGUGUCCGCAGUAUGAAGGACUUGUCCGAGUCUGUGUCCGUGGUCUCGUACCGCACAAAGUACGAGGCUGGCCGCUCCUUUGAUCUCGAGGACGACAUGGAGUUUUGCCCCGGCCUUUUGACCGAUGAUGAUUUGGUCUCCAUCCACAGCGCUUCCUCUGAGCGCUCCUCCUUGGCAAGCAAUUCGCCCCAAAGCUCUCCUACGCAGCAGCCCACCACUAUUGCCCCAGGCUUCUCGCUCAACUCACCCUAUCUUCCUCCGGUCUACCAAAGUCAACAGGCGACCCUUAAGCUUCACCAGCCCUCUGCCACCCGCGGCCGUAAUGCCAUUCCCAUCAUCAACCCUGCUACUGGCAUCACCAUGACCAGCCCACCCCCCUCGGUAUCGCCCGCUCGGAUGCAGCAGCAGCAGCAGUCCCUUAUGGGCGCUCGGCCACGGUGGUAG